AUGGAGAGCAGCAGCGACCAGCUAGUGGGGGAGAACGACGAGUUGUGCACGUCAGCCUCGGAGGGUCUGGAGGAAGGGGAGGUGGAGGGCGAGACGGUGCUGAUGGUGGAGUCGGAGGACCAGGGCUCGGUGGACCUGUCCCAUGAGCAGAGCGGGGACUCCCUCACCAGUGACGUCGGCGAGGAGGGCGAGGGAAGCUGGGCGUGCGAGGACAUGGCGUUCUACUGCGACCGGUGUCACAAGUGGAUACCCUCAGGCCAGCUGAGAGGGGAGCAGCCCAGCUACUUGAAGGGAGACAACUUCUUCAAGUUCGUCUGCUGCAGCUGCUCCGAGGACGGCAAGGAGAGCUUUGAGAGGAUGAGACUCACCUGGCAGCAGGUGGUGAUGUUGGCCAUGUACAACCUAUCGCUCGAGGGAACUGGUCGUCAAGGUUACUUCAGAUGGAAGGAGGACAUCUGCGCCUUCAUAGGACGACACUGGACCUUCCUGCUGGGCAGUAGGAAGAAGACCAUCACAUGGUGGAGCACGGUGGCUGGCUGCCUGUCCGUCGGCAGUCCCACCUUCUUCCGCUCCGGUGCUCAGGAGUUCGGAGAACCAGGCUGGUGGAAACUGGUCCAGAACCGACCCCCCACCCUGCGACCCGACCUGGACAAAACCACCACCAAGGCCAAAGUGUCGAAGCCCACCCUGGAGCCCAGCAUCACCGUGGAGGGCCUGAGGCGGCGCGGGGCCCGGAACCCCGUGGAGAGCGCCAUGCAGCUGAAGGAGAAGCGCUCGCGCACCCAGGAGGCCAAGGAGAUCCGGAGGGCCCAGAAGGAGGCCAGCUACACGGACCGCUCCUCCUCCUCCACCCCCGUGAAGAUGGGGGCGAGGGGGGGCCGGCGCCCCGACCUCCUCCUGGAGAAGGGGGAGGUGGUGGACUUCUCCUCUCUGAGCUCCUCGGACCGAACGCCACUCACAAGCCCCUCCCCUUCUCCUUCGCCCGACUUCUCCGCCCCCGGGACCCCCGCCUCCCACUCGGCCACGCCCUCCCUGCUGUCAGAGGCCGACCUCAUCCCUGACAUCAUGCCCCCCAUGGCCCUGUUCCACGAUGACGAGGAGCUGGAGGGGGAGGGGAUGAUCGACCCCGGCAUGGAGUACGUCCCGCCCCCCAGUGCUGGCCACGCCCACCCCGGCCUGCCCCCCCGCCCGCCACCGCCACGCAUCAAGCGGGAGGCCGACAGCGAGGGGGAGGAGGGCCCCCUGCACGCCGAAGACUUUGACGGGCCGCUGGCCCGGUGCGACGACCCCUCCCUCUCCGCCGAGGGGGGGCGGGGCUUGGUGGGCGGCUCCUCAGAGAGGAGGCGUGUCCACGCUGAGCAGAAGGGGGAGGGGCCCGGGUCACCCAGCGGGCCCCGCUACACGGCGCUCAGCCUGUACGAGGAGCGCAUGCUGCUGCGGCGCCUGGAGGCGUGUCCGCUGGCGCUCGCCGUGACCCCCCAGGCGGCGCGGCUGCGCAGGAAGCUGGCGGUCCGGCAGGCCAAGCGGCAGCGAGCGCUCCCCCUGCUGGACGUGGACCGCUCCGUCUCCACCGCCCUCAGCCUGGUGGGGGCGCUGUACACCCCCGGGCCGCUGCUGGGACGCUUCUGCACCAGCAGCCAGGACCUCCGCAUACUGGACCGCUUCCAGACCUCCCUGGCCUCCAGGAGGGGGCUCCACCACCCGUCGGCCUCGUUCUGGCACCGCCUCAUGGGCUCCGACGGGGGCCUGGACCCGGCCGUCAGGAGCCCCUACACCUCCCGCUGCCUCAAGCCCUUCAUCAGGAGGGACUAUGAGAACAGGCCCCUGAAGAUGAGGCUGCUGGCAGAGAUCCGUGCGUACCCCCACAGGAAGGACCCCACCUGGGCCCCGGAACCCGAGGCCCCCAUAGACUACUGCUACGUCCGGCCCAACCACAUCCCCUCUGUCAACGCCAUGUGUCACGACAGCUUCUGGCCAGGUGUAGACCUGUCUGAGUGCCUGCAGUACCCAGACUUCAGCGUGGUGGCGCUCUACAAGAAGGUGGUGGUGGGGUUCGGCUUCAUGGUGCCGGAUGUCAAGUACAACGAGGCCUACAUCUCCUUCCUGUUGGUGCAUCCUGAUUGGAGGAGAGCUGGCAUCGCCACCUUCAUGAUCUACCACCUCAUCCAGACGUGCAUGGGUAAGGACGUGACUCUGCAUGUGUCAGCCAGCAACGCGGCCAUGCUGCUGUACCAGAAGUUUGGCUUCAAGACGGAGGAGUACAUCCUGGACUUCUACGAUAAGUACUACCCGGCCGACAGCACCGAGUGCCGCCACGCCUUCUCCCUGCGGCUCAGACGCUGACCACUCGCGCUGACCACUGUGACGUCACUGGCGAUGUCACACACGGACCACGGUGACGUCACACGCUGACCACGGUGACGUCACACGCUGACCACGGUGACGUCACACGCUGACCAUGGUGACGUCACAUGCUGACCACGGUGACGUCACACACACGCUGACCACGGUGUUGUCACUCGCUGACCACGGUGUUGUCACUCACUGACCACGGUGUUGUCACUCACUGACCACGGUGUUGUCACUCACUGACCACGGUGUUGUCACUCACUGACGCGGUGACGUCUCUCACUGACGCGGCGACGUCACACACAGAUCAGUGGUCACAUGCUCACAGUGGCCUUCAGAGCGUGUUUUCUGGGGACUCGGGGUCACUUCCUUCCUUAUAAUCGAGGCGAUGGCUCCACCCUUCUGUCUUUUGUGUCAUUUUCUGUUAAUAAAGACUUCACCAUGCUUGUA